AUGUGCUUUUGCGCCAUCGAUCAAAUUUAGUUUGUAGAUUUCUUUCCAUUCCAUUCACAGAGACAAAAUGUCCUACCAAAACUGGUUGAAUUACUUGCAAUCCGCCGAAAAGAACUCAAUGAUUAGCGGUCGGCUGCGCAAAGUGCUCUACAAGUUUCCGGAUGGACGUCAAAUGGCCGAGGAAUACAAUAUGGACACGGGCGUAGUCCAACGACGAGCCUGGCGUAAGUGCAAGCAACUGAUGGGUGAGCCUCAGUGGGAGAUUGAGCUUGGCGAGGAGCCACGACAACUCAAUUGGAGUGCCGCCAAUAAGACAAAUGCAGCUGCCGGUGGUGGUGGUGAUGCUGACACCUUGUCUGCCGGCGAAUUUACGCUGCGCGAAAGCAACUCAGCUCCGCUGCUAACCAAACGGGUGACGAAGAAGAACAUUGAGUGGCGUAUACGCAAUCUGUCCUAUCCGCUAAGCGUCUACAAUGUUAGUGCCGAUGCCGAGAAGCGUGCGAUUAUUGUGCGUACCAGCAAUAAAAAAUACUUCAAGGUGAUACCUGUACCAGAUCUGGAUAGAUGCAGUGUUCCCCCGCUGCAGGCCAACAUUAGCACACAUCAUCAGUUCAAUACUCUCAUCAUCACCUACACUAAGCCGGAUAUUCUGUGCGAGAUGGAGGCCCAAGUGCUGCUGUUGCUGAAGAAUGUGGAGACUGAAACCGAUAUGGAUGAUCUGCUCAAGGGUUUGAUGGCCAAAUAAAAAACGCAUAGCAUAUAAAAUACAUAGAUACAUAGAAACUAAAA